AUGCACUAUUACAAGUGUCUCUUGACAUGGAUAACCAUCCACUUGGUGGUACCUUUUGAUAUCAACUUUGGCUCUUGCACGCAAUAUCCAGCACAUCAAGACAAUCAAGCCAACGUAGGUCAAGCUAUUGCUAUUGAUCCAAACGGAUAUAUUGCCUACUGUCCAUGUAUGGGUCGCUGGGGUAAUCAAGCUGAUCAGUUUCUAGGCUCUCUCUCAUUUUCUCGUGGAUUGAAUAGAACAUUAAUUUUACCCCCAUGGGUUGAAUACCCUGAAUGGAGCCCUGGAACAUCUGUUCAAAUUCCUUUCGAUAAAUAUAUUCGAGUACAGCCUCUAAGCCAAUACCAUCGUGUUAUCACCAUGGAAACAUUCAUGAGUAAUCUUGCUGCCACUGUUUGGCCACCCAACAAACGGAUCGGAUUUUGCUUUUACUACAGAGAGAAUAAGCAGUGUGCAAUGAAGGAGGGCAAUCCAUUUGGUCCAUUUUGGAAUCAUUUUGAAAUUCAAUUCAAAUCGUACGUAGAGUAUGGAAAUAGGAUUGGUGGUGGCAACGCUUAUUAUUCAUUUAAUGAGCACGUUCGUUCAGCUUGGAAUCAAAAUUUUCCAGCAGAAAAGUACCCAGUGAUGGCUUUCUCUGGCCCACCAGGCGAUUUUCCGGUUAAAGCACACGACCGGCUAUUGCACAAGUAUGUUAAAUGGUCUAAAUUUAUAUCCGGAAAAGUAAAGACUUUCAUAAAGGAUUCCUUAGAUAAGCAGCGAUUUGUUGCUAUUCAUUUAAGAAUGGGUUCAGAUUGGAAAUCGGCCUGCCAACAUUUAAAAGAUCACGAGGCUAAAAAUUAUAUGGAAUCGCCACAGUGUUAUGGAGAUAAUAACGUCAAGCCAAUACCGUAUAAAGUAUGUUAUCCGUCUGAAAAUGACAUUUUCAGACAGACUAAACGGAUUGCCCGAAAGUAUAACGUUACCAAUGUUUUUAUUGCAACGGACGAAAGUAGCGUACGAGAUAGAUUAGAGCAGAAAUUUAAAAAGGAGCAGAUUAGAAUUGUAAGCCUGAAUCCCCCCGAGCCUCAUGUUGAGCUGGCAAUUAUUGGCAGAGCUGAACAUGCCAUUGUAAAUUGCAUUUCAUCGUUUUCCGGGUUUGCGAAAAGGGAAAGGGACGCAAAAAAUAAACCAACGACUUUCUGGUCAAUUAAAUAA